AUGAAUGGGAUUCAAGUCGAUGUGAAUCACCUUAAAAAGGGUGAAGUCAGUCUGGGGACGUCAAUUAUGGCAGUUUCUUUCAAGGAUGGAGUAAUAUUAGGUGCUGAUUCACGUACUACUAUGGGACCAUAUGUUGCCAACCGUGUUACGGAUAAAUUGACUCGUGUUCACGAUAAAGUCUGGUGCUGCAGGUCCGGUUCUGCAGCAGAUACACAAGCGGUAGCUGACAUCGUACAGUACUAUUUGGAUCUAUAUACUGCACAAUAUGGUGAACCUUCCACGCGCACUGCGGCUGCCAUUUUUCAACAACUAUGUUAUGAGAACAAGGAUGCUCUAACCGCAGGUAUUAUCGUGGCGGGUUAUGACGAAAAGAAUCAGGGAGAAGUUUAUAGUAUACCAAUCGGUGGUUCUCUUCAUAAGCAGAAGUAUGCCAUUGCAGGUUCAGGUUCCACUUUCAUAUAUGGGUACUGUGAUAAGAACUACAAAGAUGGUAUGACUAAGGACGAAACUGUAGAUUUCAUCAAACAUUCGCUCUCUCAGGCCAUCAAAUGGGAUGGUUCUUCUGGCGGUGUAAUCAGAAUGGUUGUUUUGACGAAGAAUGGCGUUGAACGUUUGAUAGUCUACCCAGAGGAAUUUGAGAAUUUGUAG